CCCACCCACAGCUGUGGCAGGGACUUCACUUUCCUGCUCAACCCUAAACUAAACAGAAGUGAGAAACACAGGCUGUGCUUUAAAAACUGCUGAAUUCAGUCUUUGGUUCUAACCGCUGCAGACAGCACCAACAACAUGGACCUUAAGGAAUCUGUCAUUGAUGGAGGUGUCUUUAUUUCCCACCACCUGUGUGAUGGGAAACAUCAGUAUAAAGUAGAAAAAGUGGUGAAUGCCAUGAAAAAUGAGAAAAAAAUGUUUGUCAGAACAGGAGACCAUCUAAUAGGGAUGGAUGGCAUUAGCCUGGAUAAUUUCACCCCGGAGGACUUGGCCCGGAGUCUCUCUGAAGGGAAUAUUUCUAAGCUGACAGUGCAAAAAACAACAAGGCAAAAGGAUCAGAUUGAGGAGGAGCCUCCUCAAGGAGCGAUUUUCGACUCUGAGGAGUUCACAGUGAUGAGUUUUUCUUGGAAGAUGAAGAGGGAAAAAGAGUUGGAACAGCAUCAGAACAUAAAAAAUGAGGUUAACAAAGGCGUGGAGACCAGUGACCUGCUUGUUAUUAAGAUGAGGAAAACAACUGUAUCUGUGAUGAUCGGCCGGGGCUGCCCUAGCAAGAGCAAGGGGAUGGACAUCCCCAGGACCAGUUGUGCCGUCGAGGAAAUUGUGUUGGUGGCAGAAUCCAGCAACGUCACUCUUGCCCCUCACAACCCCAAGCUAAUUCAACAAAAAUGGCGAGCAAUAUUUGAGCUAUUCAGGCGUAUAGAUUUGGACCACAUGCCAGCUCAAAUGAGGAAAAUGAAGAUGUACAUGGAUCUUUAUGUCGACAAGUGGAUGCAUUGGAAUGGAACGGAUGAGGGAGAUUGUGGCUCAUCAACUUUACUUUUGCCACGGGGAGAUGGGAUGUUCAGACUGGAAAAGCUUUCAGAAGUUUUCAUAGAACACAAACCCUCUCAUCGCUACCUUAAACGUAUUUGCUCAAAGACGGGUCUCUACACGUCCCCAAACCCCGAGAAAGUUACCAUCUAUUACUAUAAGUCAAAUAUUAUGGAAAAGACUUACAGAGGGAUGCCGGUGGCCCUGAACUUUACCAACUCCAACUGCUUCCUCAAGUGCUGCAAGGAAGGAGAAGAUGUGGUCUUGCAAAUAGAGACAUAUGAAAAAAGUAGUCUGAGGCAGAUAUCCAAGAGUGACGACAACGCCCUCGCCUUUGUCUUCUACAUGAAAGCUGACCGGACAAAACUGCGGAAGUUUGAAUCAGCUCUUUACGAGGGCUGGUUCAUCUGUGUGCAGGAGAGUACCAAAGCGGAAGUGGAACCGCUGAAUGACAUGAGGGAGGAAAUGUUCCUCUUCAUCAUUCAGAAGUGAUUAAAAUAAUAACUGUUAAGGCGAGACAUACCAGCAUGCACAUUUUCCUCAUCAUUUUGUCUGUAUAGUAAAAGCUGUCUUGAAAAUACAAAUGUCAUAAAACAUCUCGUGCAAGAUUUGGAUAUUUGCUUAUUGAGUUAUUCUAUAGUCCUACAACACACCGGUGAUCUGUUCUAGGUGUGUUCCAGGUGUGGAUUUACUUUUCAUUUAAAAUGGUUGUUGAACGUACAUUGACAAGGCCGGUGUGAAUGUAGUUUUAGGGCAAUUGCACUAUCCAAACUUCCAGGUAGUCUACCCUAGGAUACUAGAAAGGAGAAAACUCAGGAUGUACGCUGAAAAAACAGAAUUUUACAAAAGGAGAAAGGCCGGGGUUCAAGAGAAAAUGUAAAAUGUUCUGUCCUGCAUGAAAAGUAAUUUUUUUCAAUAGCAAAAUCUUAGCUUGAGAAAAUAUGCCUUAGCAACUAGAAUUUUUUUUAAAGACUGUUUUGUUAAACUAUUUUUUAGAUCUUGUUGGCAGAAUUUUUUUUUUUUUUGCUUAUUUAAAGAGAAUCUGGAAAUGGGAUAAGAAUUUUUGACUUAUUUAUGUUCUUACAGUGUAGUCCAACCUCUAAUUUGGAAGGACAGUGCAGGAUUUUCAUGGUUUCCUUGAUGAUAAAGUAAGAUCUGUCAUUCUGGAGGAGCUUGACGUACAGCUGUUAUUCUUCCACAUUGAUAAAGGUCAGUUGAGGUCAGGCUCAGUCCUCCGUUCCGGACGCCUCCUCUGGCAGGAGGCCCCAGGGAAGACCCAGGGCGAACUGGAGUGAUGAUGUUUCUCAGCUGGUCGGGGGGCGCCUUGGAGUUCCCCCUGCAAAACUGGAGGAUGUUUCUUUGGAGACGGAGGUCUGGGUCGGCUGCCCCCGUACCCCAGAUAAGCAGGAGAGGAUGGAUGGAUGAAUGAAUAACCUCGCUAACAAAUGAUCUUUGUUUUACAAUAUAAUCAUUUUAAAAAUGUAAAUGAUUCUGAUAGAA